UGCCGAAACACCAGCGGAGCUGCAGUUCGCCCUGCUCCGGUAGGGAGACGACGCUACGGAGCCGCGGAACCGGGAUAGGACUGAUAGCAACUAGAGCUAAGUAUCAGCUUCCUCUGGGGAAAGGGACAACUGGACGUAGAGGGCACAUCAAAUAUAUUUAUAUAUACAUUUUUAUUUAUUUUUUACGAGAGGUCGCGCGAGCUAAAACAGCCGCGUUCGCUUACAGCAACGACACUGCACGGAGCUUCUGCCAGAAAGAGUCCACUUUGGGUUCAUCAUUGUGUCAAGUGUUUCUAGGCGAAAGUUCACAACUUUCUCAGGGUGGAAUCUUAACUGCACACCAACAGGCAUUGUUCACUGGACUCGAACAUGUUCGUAAAUGACCCACUGCUGGGUGGCCCGAAGACAAGUGAGACCGCGCGCGCUCAGAGGGCUCACACAUGAGCGAACUCAACUCAGUUAGUGGCGCGGCUCUGACCGUAACACCAGCAUGGAGCUUCUUUACAGGACCCUCGCGCGCUGUUGAACACUCGUCCUAUCAUUCUUGCAAGGGAGUACUAUUACACUAGUUUUUUUUAUAGCUUUUUAUUUAUUUUUUAAAUUAGGGCUUUUACCGCAUACAACUACCAAAUAUUGCGAGUCUCCUCGAAGACAUCUUACUGCACCCGCCAACUGACCCCCCCAAAUUCCCCCCCACCCCGGCCCCGGGACUAUGGCGUCCGCCUCGCGGAACAGCUGCGUCUGGUUGCUCUGGAAACGGACUUUCCUCGCGCUGUGGCUGUGCGCGCUCGUGGCGCGGGGAGCGGAGGAUGGCGGCACCUUCAACUCAGAGUCAUGGCUGAGGAUGUACGGUUACCUGCCCCAGGCCAGCGGACAGAUGUCCACCAUGCGCUCGGCUCAGAUUCUGUCCAAUGCGAUCAGCGACAUGCAGCAGUUCUACAACCUGGAGGUCACUGGACAGAUGGACCCUCAGACCAUCAGUGCCAUGAAGAGACCUCGCUGUGGCGUGCCCGACAAGUUUGGGGGCCAGAUCAAAACCAACGUGCGGCGGAAGCGCUACGCCCUCACGGGACAUAAAUGGAACAAGAGCCACCUCACUUACAGCAUCCAGAACUACACUCCCAAGAUCGGGGAAUACAACUCAUACGAAGCCAUCCGUCGGGCGUUCAACAUUUGGCAGAAGGUGACCCCAUUGACUUUCGACGAGAUUCCCUACCAGGAGAUCAAAUACGGACGCCGUAAAGAGCCCGACAUUAUGAUCUUCUUCGCCUCGGGUUUCCAUGGUGACAGCUCUCCUUUUGAUGGGGAGGGGGGCUUCCUCGCGCACGCCUACUUCCCCGGACCGGGAAUGGGCGGGGACACCCACUUUGACUCGGAUGAACCAUGGACCAUAGGAAACCAGAACAUACAAGGUAAUGACCUCUUCCUGGUGGCGGUCCAUGAGCUUGGUCACGCCCUGGGUUUAGAGCACUCCAACAACCCCCUGGCCAUCAUGGCUCCCUUUUACCAAUGGAUGGAGACGGAGAACUUCCAGUUGCCCGAGGACGACCAUCGAGGCAUACAGCAGAUCUAUGGUCAACCAGACGGCGGCCCCACCCAGGCCCUGCCCACCGUGACACCCCGUCGACCGGAUCCCAGGCCGCCUCAGACACCUCCUCGGCACCCUGACCGCCCCAGGACCACCGAAAGACCAGAUCACUACGGACCCAAUAUCUGUGAAGGGAACUUUGACACGCUCGCUGUGCUGCGGGGAGAGAUGUUUGUCUUCAAAGGCCGUUGGUUCUGGAGGGUGCGCAGGAACCGGGUUCUGGAUAACUACCCCAUGCCCAUCGGCCACUUCUGGAGGGGUCUGCCGGGAGACAUCGACGCUGCCUACGAGAGACACGACGGCAGGUUCGUCUUCUUUAAAGGAAAUAAAUUCUGGCUUUUCCGGGAGGCUAACCUGGAACAGGGCUAUCCAAUGGAGCUGGUUGAUUACGGUCGAGAUAUCCCCUACGACCGGAUCGACACGGCCAUCUGGUGGGAGCCAUCCGGCUACACGUACUUCUUCCGAGGAGACUGGUACUGGCGCUUCAACGAGCAGUCGCGAUUGGCCGACCGAGGCUACCCGAAACCAAUCAACGUCUGGGGGUCGUCCGUGCCCUCCUCUCCCAAGGGGGCGUUCCUCAGCGAUGAUGGCGCGUACACCUUCUUCUACAAGGGUUCCAAGUACUGGAAGUUUGACAACCACCGCAUGAAGAGCGAACCGGGCUACCCCAAAUCCAUCCUGAGGGACUUCAUGGGCUGCAGCGUGGACCUGGACCCCGACAGGGACAGAGAGACGGACGCGGGGCCCAAGCAACCGGACCUGAGCCGCCCGCCGCACAACCCGGACGCGGGCGGCCGCGAUGGAGACGAGGGCAAAGAGCACGAGGGGAAGGACGGCGGCGCAGCGGACGAAGACGACGGCAAAGACGAAGACCGCCGCGACGAGGACACCAACGAGGUGGACGUGGUGCUGAAGGUGGACGACAGCGAGGAGCGGACCAUGAACAUCCUGAUGGUGACCAUCCCGCUCGUCCUGGUGCUGUGCAUCCUGGGACUGAUCUACGCCAUCAUCAACACGCUGCAGAGCAAGGGGGCGCCGCGGCUGCUGGUGCACUGCAAGCGCUCGCUGCAAGACUGGGUCUGACCCCUUGAACUCGUGGGGGACUCUGAACUUAAAUCGGACCGUAGACCCCCCCCACCUCCACCCCCCCCCGCCAAAUCCAGGCCUCUUCGCAGUGAUUCAUCCGUGAUUCAUCCCGCAGCUCUGAGUACAUAUGUUAGUAGAUCCAAUACUGUACUGACACACACACACACACACACACACACACACAGACGAAAAGCAAGCGCAAUGUCUUACUUCUACACACGCACACACCUGAACAUCCUCCCCGUCUCCCCGGUGCUCGACAACGCGUUGACUGUCGUCUAUUUAUACGAGAGAAGUUUGCACAUCGUUUUUUUUCCUGUUUUCGUGUGACUUUUUGUUGUUAAUAUUAUUUCCGAACUAGGAAGGCCGUUCUAUUCUCUCUGCGCCGCCUUCCUCCUUCCUAAUCUCAGUCGGGGGCUUUUGUCCUCACCGAUAACCUGACAUCUGCUCUUGAUGUCAUUGUUGCAAGAAGAAGAAAACAAGACACGUUUGGUAUUGCUCCUUCCUCCUCCUCUCUGCAUCUUCUUCUUCACCUCUCCCCUUUUGAGGAACAGGGUUUGGGUUAUGUGGAGUUUGUUGCUUUGGUUUUAAAGGAUAGUCCCAGUUCAUUACAACGUGGGUCUUAUUUGUUUCUAGUAAUGUUCUCAUUCUUAGGAAUAAGACUGUUCUGAUCGAGUUAAUUGCUGAAAGCUGGAAAUGGGGAGAUGUUGCCAGAAAGAUGUGGAUCCUGGAAUCUAAAAAACAAACCCUGGGUUAGGCAAACGUAUACUUUUUAAAUAUGAAGUCAGUUUACAGACCAAUCUUCUUGGAUUUAGUUUGACCCGUUGUACUUGUGGCCACACAGUGUCAUAAUAAUAAAAAUAGUGGUUUGGACCAUCCGUCUCACAUGGGGGUCUGUUUAUAGAAAUAGUUUGACAUGUUUGGAAAAACAAAUGUUCAAUGAACAGUUAGAUGAAGUCAAGUCAAUUGUAUUCAUCUGGCUUGAGGAUCAGUACAACUCUCUGACCUUCGAUUGGGAAAAGGAGAAUUUGCUGAACAAAAUCUGUCCAUUUGUAGCUGCUGGUGGCAGAUGUUUAUGCAUUGGGCGGAGCUUCCGGUCCCAUGUGCCGUUAUAACAACAGUAGAACUCGUGGCUAUAAAAAUAGGGCCAAUGUUGUAAUAAAUAGUAAUUAUCCUUUAAAUUCAGAUGACUGCCUUGUCUGCCGUCUUCAUCUCCUCCUCGCAGUUGGACAAUAGGUCCAGCUCCUUUCUCUUCCUUAUUUGGAAAGCGUUUGAAGGCCACUUUGGCUGAAAGGGUUGAGACGUUUAAAGGGAUCUCUUCAUUCACGUGGCUAAUUCUUCCUUUCUGUCGACGGUGACACCUCAUCCCUCCACUCGAGGGGAGUCGGACUAAUGGCUCAAGUCGGCUCGCUGUGAAAUAACAAGGGAGAGGGAGCAUCCGUUGCAUCCGUGUGUGUGUGUGUGUGUGUGUGUGUGUGUGAGACAUAAGACCAGGGCCAAACAAAGCAAAGUCAGGGCCUUUAACUUCAGGAUGUAACACCACGAAUGUGCAGCUAAUGUACCGCCUCGUGUUUAAUGGACUUUUGACUCCUGGUGUUUUGUCAAAGGACAGUUUGAGAGACUUUCCAGAAGACCUGUGGCCCGUGUGUUGUUCACAUGAUGUCGCUGAAAAGCAGCAGGGUGGGCUCGGCCCAUGCAGGCUCACGUGAACACGGACUAAUCCUCUUCAUUAAAAAACAGCAGGUGUGUGCAAGUGCUGUUAACCUCC